UCACUAAGUGUCUUCACAACCCCCAUAAAGUGUGUCUAAGUCCAGGAUCCCAAAGGCCUUCCCCUUCGACCUGAGGCCCGUAAGCCCUGAGAAAGAAUCUAGCUCUACCCGUCUUUACCCACUAAUCCCACUGUCCAGGAGACAAGCGAUUCACCCUCACCUUUCAUCCAUCCUAAAGCCCCUGAGAAACUGCCUAUGAAUCGGACCCGUGAUCGCAGCCGGACUCCCGCAUCAUCAGUGACUGACAUCAGUAGUGGUGCAGGUCAAGUGAUUAGCGAAAGGUAAGACAAAUAACCUCGAACAGACCCCAAGAAACAAUUACAAAGUGGAGCCCGAAGUAAGGGCGAGUGAAAGAACAGUUACAACAUGGCGCAUCCAACGUAAAGGGCCUGAAGUCUCAGCGAAGAAGGGUCAAGCCAGGAGGAGCAGCUAACACCAACUACAAACACCGAAGGAAACGGAAGACCCCCCCCAACACAACCCCCACAACUCUACAACCCCGACAACAGCAACGCCAACGGCAACGAGACGAGGACAACCCGGACGGAGCCACAGCCUACUCAACAAACACAGCAACCGACAUCACGCACUUGCGAAGGUCAGUAAGAGCACAAUGUCUAACAAAGAGUUAAGAAACAGAACAAUAGGGACUGUAGGAGUGGAGAGUGAUUCCGCGGCCGGGGAGACCGAGUUCGAUUGGCCGUGCGGACAAUCAGAAACAUUCGGACAAGAGUGUGUAGUCGAUAAUGGUCCCACCCCGUCAAUUACAGCAAACCCCCUAGAAAUCAGAGCAGAGGACGGGAGUUCAAAUCCUGCAGUUAACCCUGACACCGCAGAAAAAACUGUAAUAAAAAGCAUAGCCAACGAAGUAAGUCAGCCUGUCACUCAGGCCAUGCUACAAAAUUUGUUUGCAGAAGUGCUCAAAGCUAUCUCAAGCAGUAGCGACAAACUGCAGGAGGGUGUUAGCGCACAAGUUAGUUCAUUACAACAGUCGCAGGAGAGUGUUAGCGCACAAGUUAGUUCAGUACAACAGUCACAGGAGAGUGUCAGCGCACAAGUUAGUUCAUUACGACAGUCACAGGAGAGCGUUUGUGCCCAAGUUAAUUCCUUGCAACAAAGUGUUGAGGAAAAGAUAUGCAAAUUGCAGGAGAGUGUCCGAGCUGAUUUUAAAGUAGAGCAUGACAGACUCAUACAACGUUUCGAAAGAGAGCAAGAAAGGGUCAGCAAAGAGUUCACAGACAAACUCCGAACCCAAAGCGAGAAACUCACCUCAAUGGUAGGGCAGCUCCGGUCUGAAACGGAAACUGAGCUAAUAGUAGCUAGACAAAAAUUUGCUGAACUAGAGGAGAAAGUUAGCUCACAAGCCACCCAAACGAAAAACAACACAAACACUCUCUCUGUGAAAUUGACGGAAGUCAGGAACGACUUCGAGAAAAGGGUUACCGACGAAAUAAAAAUGGUGAGAGACGAAGUCACUCUCCGUACUGAUGAAUUAAACAGAGAAAGGUCGCAGGAAGCAGAACAGGUACAAAACAGGAUAGACAGGAUAGACUCAACCAUAAACAAGAUACAAAACCAGCUAUCUUGCCAAGCUGACGCAACUAGAUCAAGUAGUAUACCUCAGAAUGAUGAGAAUUGUGAACCUGUUCCGCUACCCCAAGCCAACCGAGUACUUUCACCACACGCCACCACGUGUAGUGAUAGUACCGGACUGUGUUCAUGUAAACUGAGUUCAUGUGUAAUAUGCAUGCAUGAGGGUGAUAAUGUAAUGCGAGUGAAUGCCCCUGUACGCCAACAUGUCGCAAGCAAUCCAUUACCUAUUUCCGAUUUUUCGCUCCCUCAGUUUGACGAAGGUACCGGGAUCAACCCCGUGUACUACCUCAGACAGCUGGACGAAUUCAUGACAGUGAGAAACAUCCCCCAGGCUCACCAGCUGUCGAUAGCAUGUAAAUCCAUCACAGGUUGUUUAGGCAGACAAUGGAUCGAAGCAAUUCGCCAUAAUCUAGCGGAUUACGCAGCUUUCAGAACUAAUUUCUUGAACGCAUGGUGGUCUUCGGCCCAGCAGAGUUUAGUCAAAUGUAAGCUGUAUCAAUCUAAAUAUAGCCGCCAAUCCGGCCUGUCGCUUUCAGCGCACUUCCUGAAACAUGCCACUUCCGCGUUUUACCUUGACCCGAAGCCCACUGAAUCUGAAGUCAUACAUGCGAUAAUCCCUCAUUUCCCGAUAGCAAAGGCCCUUGACGUGUUGAAACGAAUAGAAAUCAUGGAGAACCAGGAAGGAUGCGACCAGUACGAUUUGCCCCCUCACCAAAAACAACCUGAUCCUGACCGAAGGAAUCAACCCCCCCGAGGCCACUAUUACCAACGGCACGACCAAAGGAACGUACGGAAUGUGCAGAUGAGCCCUUCCCGACGCAAUGACUACUACAGCGGCUCAUCUAGACAUCAGAACAAUAGACAUCAAUCAAGGAACAACUCACCCACUGGGAGUGCCGCGAGACAAACUCUAAAUCCCCACGCCCCUAAUUUCAACACCAACCCUGGGCGCAGAGAAGAAGGGCAUUCUAGUGCAAACACGGCCCGACCGUUAAACUAGAAAGGAGCGCCAUUACGGACCGGACAGCACUCCACGAUAAAACCAGUAAUUCAGAGGUCCCCACAAAAUUCACAGGUAGUAAUGAGUCAAGACGAGAGGAGAGAUACACAGAGAACAUGACGUCACAGCCCAUGAUUUUCUUUAUCAACGAAGAAGACCUGGUAAAGUGUCCCACCGUCAAAAUCUCUUUGAGCCCGGAAUUACAAUUAGACGCUAUACUGGAUUCAGGAUCCGAGGUAAACAUACUGCACGAACGAAUCCUAUCGGAAUUGACCAAGAGCGGAGUUCGAGUCCCGACUCUGCCUAUCCAAAAUGUUGUCUUAGUUACCGCCUUCGGAAGGCGCAGUAAUAAAAUCAAGCAGCAAGUCCUUUUAGAAUUUAGCAUCGGCGAAGACUUGUUCGAAGCGGUCUUCUUGAUCACCGCACAGCUGGCUGGUGCUGCCAUUAUCGGUUGCCCAAUCUUACGUGAACAUGGCCUCACGCUAGACUUCAGUAAAAGCGUGAUUAGAUACGCUAGGGACGGCGUGGUUAGAGAACUUGAAUUCAAGCAAGUGCCUGGAGUACAGGCAGGUGGGAACAGUGAAGGUAAACCUAAAGGCACCCCACUACCGUCAGCCAGAUUCAUGGGUCAACGAACCACUCGCACAGCUGACUGCACCGUGACCCACACCCUCCCAGCUGAUCCUGGUAAGCAAGCCCAGCCCGACCGCUCCAGCGAAGCGAGUACUCUCAGUCAAGUUAAUUUAUGCGCUGCGGGAACCCGAGUGGGUUCAAAAGGCCCUAGAAAGCCUGAAUGUGAAUUAGGUAAAAGUACCUCAAUUCAGGGCAUUGAGUGUGACCCUUUUAUAGAUAGUGAUAUUGAAUGCCAAGAAGGAUCAUUCCUUGACUUGUCUGGUGCCGGGAGCACAGACAACUUUAUUGAUGACGCAGCAAAUCAAGCCUAUGAGAGAGCACUGCAUUCGUACUGGAACUCCCCAUCCACCUCCCAAUCCUCCGAACCCAGGACCCCAGACUCGAGGUCACUGCAAAAAUCAGAUCUAGCUGACUUGAUUGAAUCAAAUGUUCGCCUUGACCGACCACAGAAAGACAAUUUAUAUGCGUUAUUAGUUAAUUAUCUAGAAUUCAUGACUGCGAGGCCCGGUAAAUGUAAGCUGUUUAGCUACAAGUUUCACGUGAACACCACUCAGCCUACUGUUGCUUAUUCCAGGCCAGUACCCUUCGCACUCCGACCGGCCAUUAGGGAACAAAUCGAUCAACUCAUUAAGGACGAUAUUUUGGAAGUUAGUGAUUCACCCUUCAUUAAUCCCCUCUCUGUGGUGCAUAAGGAAGGAAAAAAGAUUAGAAUCUGCGUAGACGCAAGAAAGAUCAACCAAUUCACCGAACCAGAUCGGGAAAGAGUGGCCCCGAUGCAUGAAUUAUUACAGCGAUUCAAUGGAGCUAGAUUCAUGACAUCACUAGACCUUACUUCUGCAUAUCUACAGGUACCUUUACAUGAAGAAUCGCGGAAAUAUACCGCAUUCCUCUUCGACUCUGCCUGUUACCAGUAUAAACGCGUGCCAUACGGAUUUCGAAACUCCUUGGCAGGGUUUGUCAGAGCAUUAAAAUUAGCGUUAGGCAAUGGCACCGAUGAAUAUACUGUGUUUUAUUGUGACGA